AGUCUGUUGGCCUCGCCCACUCUUCGCCCGGGUGUAGGCUGGAGCACGCGGAGUCUCUUGCGCACGCCCAGGGCUUCAGGUCCCGACCCAAAGGAAAAACUUUAGCACCAAGGAGGCUAUGAGGCGCGGAGUUCCGCAGGCGCCUUUCCGGAAGCGGAAGCUCCGGGGGCGGGACAAGGAAGGUCGGGACGUCUCGGCGGUUAAUUCUUUUUAUCUGAAGUAUUCGUUCCCCUACGACUGGGCUCUUCUGAGGCUGAGAGAAAUGGUCAGGUCCGGAUCUCGACCCGGCCAGGUGAUAUCUUCAGGAAGGCAACCUGGAGCUAAGUUACCAAAUGGAAAGAAAGGGACCCACGUAAGAAAAAUAGCACAUUUUAAUGUAGAUCCUGCCUGUCCUGUUCAUUCUGAUUCAGAAAGUCAGACGGACACUGUACAGGGACUCGACGGUUGUGCUUCUUUGCUGCGGGACAUUCUGAAAAAUGAAGAUUCAGGCUCAGAAAUGGUAUAUUCAGAAAAUAGAUGCAAUCCUAAAGGCAAAAAGAACAGAUCUAAAAAGAAAGGACCUGAAAAACACGUUCCUUCAGUGGUCCGAAAGGAAAUACUGUCAUCAGAAAAUAAGAAAUGGAUAUUUAAUGAAGCUUCUACUGGAAGUGACACAGCACAACACUGGUCACUACAAGAUCAUUAUAGAAUGUACUCACCGAUAAUAUACCAAGCCCUCUGUGAGCAUGUGCAGACUCAGAUGUCACUGAUGAACAGCUUGGCUUCAAAACGUGGCCCCAAUGGAAUACCUGCUGUGUGUCAUACCGUGUCUAAUUCAGGCUCUCAGGCAACACCAUAUUCUAGUUUUGGCUGUUCUCCUUCCACUUCUGUCCGGCCACCUCAGCAGCCAUCCUGCCCACUAAUGGUCCACUCUGAAGUUCAGACUGAUGAUGAUAACCAGUGUGAAUCACUAAGUCAAACAACCUCUGUGAAGUACCAUGAUGUUCCCAAAGAUUUGUUUAGUGUCCAUCCUGGAGUUGCAUGUGGCCUUCCCCACACUGACAAUACAGCUGUUUCAAAGAUUCGGCAGCUGGAUCUUAUGAGUUGUAUUCUGCCCCAACAGAGAGCCCCUAAGGAAGCAGAAUUACUAAAGUGUUUCCAAACACACAUGUCUCUGUUUCCAGCUCAUGGAAAGGACGCUCUCUUGGACAGUCAGGCAUACCAAAGUCCCUCUCAGUUACAGCCAGCCUUCUUGGCCACUAAUGAAGAAAAAUGUGCCAAAGAACAAAUUGGAGAGACCACAAAUGAAGGAAAGCAUUUGAGCUUACAUGUGCAAGAUGCAAAAAUAGCCAAGAAUGUGCAACAGGCAGAAAAUGUGAGCCAGACUGCUGAAAAAAUCAGAAUUGCCAAGUGCUUGUUGGGAGAGCUCAAGGCUCUGAUCGAAGAACAAGAGGACCCAGAAGUUCAGAGAUUGGUGACAGAAGUGGAGGUGUGCAUAUCUGGACUUUCAGCCGUGAGUGGCCACACGAAUGUGGAGGUUGAAAUAGCUCUGGCCCUGCAGCCCCUGAGAAGUGAGAACGCUCAGCUGCGGAGGCAACUGAGAAUUUUGAAUCAGCACCUCCGAGAACAAGAGAAAACCGAAAAGGGACUUGGCAACCUUGAAUUGUUUUCCCUUCAGUCGCUGAAUAUGUCACUGCAAAAUCAGCUGCAAGAGUCGCUGAAGAGCCAGGAGUUACUACAGAGUAAAAAUGAAGAGCUCUUAAAAGUGAUAGAAAACCAGAGAGAAGAAAACAAAAAAUUCACUACUUUAUUUAAAGACAAAGAGCAAACUCUGCUUCACAAUAAACAGCAGUUUGACAUUGAGAUGACAAGGGUGAAAAUGGAGCUGGAGGAAGCCUUGGCCAGUGAGAAGAACUCUCGGUUUAAGCUAGAGACUGUAGAAAAGGAAAGUCAGAUACUGGGAUUAACACUACGCCAGCGUGAUGCUGAGGUUGCACGGCUUAGAGAAUUAACCAGAACUUUGCAGAACAGCAUGGCAAAGCUGCUUUCCGACCUCAGUGUGGACACUGCCCGCUGCAGGAUGGGGAAUAGUCUGACCAGAUCACUUCUCAGUGUCUAUGAUCAACAACUUCAGCAGGACCCAGCCCCUCCUCGCACUUCCAUAAUGAGCUACCUCGAUAAAUUAGAAACAAGUCACAGCUUUAUGCAUUCAGAGCCACUUAAUAAUGAAGAAACCAUAGAGGCAGGCCGACGCUGUGAGGAUGUGCUGCCCUCUCAAAGGCCUUCCCACAGGGAUGCCGGGACAGUGCGUGGGGGCUCUGCAUCUGGAACCGUCUCUGCUGCUUUAGUGGAGGAUUCUGACACGGACUGUGAAACCAUCACUGUAAUAGAAGAUGGGUGUAACGUGGACAGUACAGUUUAUAUCCCCUUUGCAAGAAGCACUUCUAAAAAGCACUCGCCACUUUGUAAGAGACUGUCCCCCCAGCCAAAGGUAAGUGCUGCUGCAGCACAGCCAGUCAGUGGCAGUGCACAUGCCUCUAAAGGAGAAAGUAAACCAUGUGCACCUGCAGUGUGUUCCUCACGAAGUGAAGCAGAAGAUGCACCUGGAGCUCUUUCCAGCACAUAUGACACAGAAGACGUACAGCUCCUCAGGAAAAUCAAAGAAGCAAUUGGUAAGAUCCCUGCUGCUCCUGAGUACCCAAAGGAACAGGCCCCACAUCAUGGCCCAUCAGCUCAUCACAGCCCCGACAUUCCAGUGAAGGGCAAUGUUGUCACUGACAGCAGCUUUCUCAAUUCUGACCUGAUGUCAGACUGGAGCAUCUCCUCUCUUUCAACGUUCACAUCUCAUGAUGAACAGGACUUCAGAAAUGGUCUGGCAGCGUUGGAUGCCAAUAUUGCUCGCCUUCAGAAGUCCUUAAAGACUGGCCUUUUGGAGAAAUGAGUGCUUUUCUGAAAGAGUAGAACUUGGCUACUGCAUUCAUAGUAUAUUUUGGGUUCCCCUAGAGCGAACACUUUAUAUUAUUAAUUAUGUAUGAAAUAAUAAAUGGAGUAAAUUUACUGUUAGAAUAUUUUAACACCUGAAGAUUAUAAAAAAAUUCUCUUAAAAACCAACAGUUGCUGAGAGAAGAAAGUUAUAGAUCAGCAAGUAUUUCCUUGACAGCUUUAUUCAGCUUUACAGAGAGAAUUCUUCACUGUGCAACUGCUGGGUCACUGGUGCGGGUACCAUGGGUUUCUGGCUGUCUGGAAGGAGAGUAGGAAAGGAGUGUGUUUAAAGUUUCCUCUCUGCUUUGGAAUAUUUGUUGUUUGUUUCAUCAUAGUGUGCUUGUGUAUGGGAGUACUCUGCUACAAGCCAGUACUGUCGAUGACAUGCAUUAACAUUUCCGAGAGAUAAGAUGCCAUACCGGUGCACCCACCUCUUACAAAGCGUUGAUUUGUCCAGGGAAGUUCCGAUGAUUGGUUACUAUGUGGUUCUUAAAUCUUGGGCAUUUUAUUUAUAUUUGUCCUGAAUGCAUAUUUUAAGACCUUUAAAAAUAAAGUCAGAGCCAAGCAGUGGUGGUGCACACCUUUAAUCCCAGCACUUGGGAGGCAGAGGCAGGCAGAUUUCUGCAUUCAAGGCCAGCCUGGUAUUCAGAAUAAGUUCCAGGGCAGCAGCUACACAGAGAAACCCUGUCUUGAAAAAACAAAACAAACAAACAAAAAAAAUCAAAAAAAGUCAGACUGAUAAGGUAAUACUAAAUAACCAAGUUUUACCUUAGUGACUUGGUUGUUUAGUAAGAAUUUUUGGGUUUUCCUUAAUGUCUUUGGAAAUGACGGAGUUUUGCAAAUCUCAGCACUGGUGCUAAUUCUGCCUUUCUGACCCCAUUUUUCCCCAUCAUUUAGCUGAGAACAUUGUUCUAUAGCUAACAUAAACUAUGUUACUCUCUCUGCUUCUGAAUUCCAGCCCUUUGUCCUCUCUUGCCAUAUAGCCCAAGGUGACGACUGCAGAUAUUAGGUCUUCCUCCCUCAGGCUCUGGAGUGCUUGCACCAGCAGUUCUUACUCACCUGCUGUCACCUCUUUCUGUAUAAACACAGAUUAACUCUUGGACACUAAGUUCUGCUCUCAAUAACUCUUGGUACAUGCUACCCACCUGGUAUAGUUGAAUUUGGCUCUUGGACAGCCUCUGGCAUUCAGGUAGUCUGCUAGUUCCAAAUUUUCUCCUGCUUCUACAACCUCUGAAGGACCCUGCUGGAUUACUUAAUCUAUCCAGACUUUAUAGGGAGGGAGCUUUUUUGUUUGUUUUAGGUCUAAAUGUAUUAAAAUGAAUUGUAAACUAUUUUAAAGACUUAUUCAUUAACAUUUUAAAUAUAUUUCCUUCCAGUAUUCAUAAAUGAAUUUAUUUACUUAUUUUGAGAUAUCAGGUCACUGCUCUUCACCAUCUGCGUUCAGAAACACAAACUAAUAAAAAGAAGAAAACUGGGUCGUCUUUCUGCUCUCCCCUAUCAACUGUCACUCAAAAACACAAGCAAAUCUGGACAGUUAGAUGACUCAGCAGGAUAUAAACAGCCAGAAGAGAUGGAUAGGAUGGACGGUACCUGGGAAGGAUGCUACCUACGGUCUCUGUCCUCAUGGAAUUGGGCUAUUCUGUCCUCUGGGUGUAUGGAUCUGUUCAGCUUCCAACAAGUCAAAUAAUCCAGCUGCCUAAAAGUUCUUUCUACGCUGUCAUUCACUGAGACUUCUUGGCAUCACAAUUGAAGCAUAAACAAUGUUGUGGCCCUUUAAUAUAAUUCCUCAUGUUGUGGUGACCCCAACCAUAAAAUUAUUUUCAUUACUA